AUGCAGGGUUCCGACAUAGUGGCUUAUACAGCCAGGUUCUGCGACCUGGUGGCUCUAUGUCCUAACAUGGUUCCCACCGAAAGCAAGAAAAUUGAAAGAUACAUCUGGGGUCUGGUACCCCUAUAUCGAGGGAACGUUCUAGCCUCACACCCUGCGACCUUUGAUAGUGCCAAGGAAUUGGCCCAAAGGCUCAUCGAUCAGGAGGUUCCUUCUACUCCAUCAACAACUACAACUACUACCCCAGCACCAACCAACGCGACCGACAACAAACGGAAGCGUGGGGACCGAAGGAAGGGCAAAUCAAAUCAAUCCUCUUCCAAGAACCAACAGAUGGUGGCUGUCCAUGCUGCCACUACUCCUGCUAUCCCUGUACCAGCCAAAACAUAUGCAGGGAGCCUACCCAAGUGCACUAAGUGCUCUUUCCAUCAUAACGGCCCCUGCCGUGAGAUGCACUGCACAAAUUGCGACCGGAAGGGCCAACCGCCCGGUUUUGCAGAGCACCUCCCAAACCUAUCACCAAGGUCCCUAGUACCGGAGUGA